CGUGUCUCUGUGACAGCAGCUGCAGACUGAGGACACAGCGCGCGCUCUGUUGUCACCACUACGUUGUCCUCUGGUGGGGGCGGGAGUCUCUACCCUAUACAAGCUGCCCCGCACCGGGACUCCCGCGUACUGCUGACCGGCCUGCAGCCACAGCACACAGGCUGCCGGGCAGAAAUGUCCCGCUCACCUGUCCACACCGGGGGACAGUCCCCGGGACAGUGCAUGGAGAACGGCCUGGAGGCGGAGGAGGAGGACGAGGAGGGAGAUCUGGACGACGAGGUGGACGCUUCGCAGCUGGAGAGAUUUAUGAAAGACAGGAGGAGAGCCAAGUCCCUGCCCGCCUACCCGGCCGCGCUCCUGGACGGCGUCAACGAGAGCAACGGGAGGAAGAGGGUGAAGUUCGCCGACUCCAUGGGGCUGAACCUGGCCAGUGUGAAGCACUUCAGCUCGCUGGAGGAGCCGCAGAUCCCAAGCAAAGUUCUGUCCAGGCACAAGAGCUUCCCGCCGCAGCAGCAGGACCUACUGAACGACCUGUGCCAGAACUUCAAGUCCAACCUGGGCGCAGACCGUCUGCUCGCCUGCUUCCCGGAGCUCCGGGAGACGGAGCGGAGAGUCCAGCGGCUCCGCGUCUGCCUGGAGAAGGUCACCAUUACCCAGUUUGACGUGCGGGGGCAGAUCCGGGUCUUAACAGGCUGCGCCGACAAAGAGGUCGGAGUGAGGUACACCUUCAACGACUGGCUGUCCUACGUGGACGCGCAGGCUCUGUCCGAGGCCGUGGAUCAGCCGGGCUUUGUGGGCGAGCGGUUUAGCUUCACCGUGUACACGCCGCCCUUCAUGGACCCCAGCUCGGCUGUGCACUUCGCCGUGUACCUAAAGAGCGAGGAGGGGGAAUUCUGGGACAACAACGAGGGGGAGAACUACACCCUCAGGUACCACUGCGUACCCAGCACCACGCCCUUUGUCAGCGCCGCUUUCCACGCCACCUGACCGGUGUGCGCGUCGUGCGUAAAAGCUUUCCAUCCACGCGUAAAAAGCUCUCCAUCCGCCCCGAGGACUGAAAGAAAAGCGUUGAUAAGCAGCCGCUGUUUCCCAGCUGGUGGAUAAACACAUCACCUGUGCAGGGGACACGCGUGCCACAGUUAGAAGAUGCAGUGACCAUCCAAAGAAACGACACAGGUGCACAUCAUGUCUCUCUUGAUUUUGGCCUCUGAAUGAUCAUUUGGUGCCUGUCUCACCACCAACCUCUGAACCGAAGCUCACGCAUGUCUUUCUGAAGGACGUGGAUGUUUCCCUCAACCUCCACUCAGGUCAAACGGACUGUCUCCCAGAGGACACAGAAACAACAGACUGAGUCUAUGCUGCUUUGGAAUCAUGAUCAUCAGUGUGAACAACCUCCUGGAUGUUCUGGACAUUAAUGGACUCUGAUUACAGUCAGUAACACACGUGUCUGUGUCCCUGCUGCUGUGGGACUCCAUCUGUGGCUUUAUUUCAACAUAAAAGACCAAAGUUCUAUAACAAAAGAUAAUUAACAUUGAGUCUGGUGCAGUGAAAAUACCUCAGACAUAUGAACGAGCAGUUUCAUGUUUAGUGAAGCUGCAGCAGGCUCAUGGAAGCUGAGGGACGGGGUGAAAUUGUCAAACAAUAAAUUCUGCUCACAAACAAA